GCCACUUUGGGCACCGGGCCACUUCCUCGAGACGCAGCAUGAAGGACGCACUGCACGCGGCGGCGGCGAAACGCUGGGGCUGGCGCCAUGUGGAGGUCCUCGUUCUGUUCGCCGCCCUCAGCACUGCCAUCACGCACAGGGUGUGCCUGUCGGUGGCCGUGGUGGACAUGACGGCCCCGGACAACGGUGACGGCCAGCAGCGGUUCGACUGGUUGCCGGCGGAGAAGAGCACCGUGCUGGGCUGCUUCCUGUGGGGCUACAUGCUGAGCCAGGUGGCGGGCGGCACACUGUCCUCGCGCGGCGGCGCCACCCGCAUCCUCACGGCGGCGCUCUUCCUCAGCGGCGCCCUCACCGCCCUGGUGCCCCUGGCCGCGACCACCGGCGGCUGGGCAGCGGUCGCCGGCCUCAGGGUCGCCACUGGAGUCGUCCAGUGUGUUUACCCAACUUCGUACACGUUGCUUGGCCGGUGGGUUCCUCUGGCAGAGAGAUCUCGUGCUGGCGCCUUGAUUCUUGCAUCCCAGCCGGUCGGCAACGUGGUGGCGAUGGCGUCGUCGGGCUGGCUGGCGUACGCCUGGGGGUGGCCGUCCGUGUUCUACGUGUUCGGCGGCCUCGGCCUGCUCGCAGCCAUCAUGGUGUUCUUGGUGUCCGAGGACAGCCCCGAAACCCACCCUCGCAUUUCGGCCGAGGAACGGGAAUACAUCGUUCAGCCGUCUACCACAGCCUCCACUUUGAUGGAAACAAAUUCAUCACUUGUUUGGCGGAGCUCGGACUCUCAGGUAUCAAGCGUAUAGAAGAAGAAAUCACCGCCGACUGCGCUCCGAUGGACAACUACGUGAGAUACGAGAUCUGCGUUGCAUGGAAGGUGGCCACGCUUGCACCAGACUUCCUCAAAUGUGUCGCGAGUCCCUGAAGAUCCCAGGUUACGAUUUCAUGCAUUGGUUGGAAACCUUUUUUCAAAUUUCAUCUGUUGUAACCCUUUCAGGCAUGAUACUGUUUCUGUAAUACUGUUC